CAUUCUUCUCUUAUUGAGAUAUCCAUGGGUUGUUUGCCAAAGCGGUCACGACGAACUAUUCCAGAAACCAAUUCAAUCGAAGUCGAGUUGCAGAUUGGGAUGCAUUGUGGUAAAUGUGCAAGAGAUGUCAAAAGAGCUAUUUGCAAAUUCCAAGGAGUUGAAGCAUGUACAACGGAUAUGGCUAAUCAAAAAGUCAUGGUCACUGGUACAUUUAAUUUGGAGAAGCUAUUGAAAACACUCAAGAAAAAAACUCGUAAAAAUGCAAAAGUCUUGAUGGUGAAUGAGCAAGAAGACGAUGGAGUCCAAGAAGAUGAAGAACUCGAAGAAGAUGAAGAAAUCCAAGAAGAAAAUGAUGAACAUGAGACAAUUACAGAAAAUAAUGAGAAUCCUGAAGUAGAAGAACAAAUUGAUACAGCUCAAACAAGUACAAAAGAAGUCGAAAUCCAUUUGACAUUUCUAUGUGAUAAGCUCGAGAAAGAUGUCGGAAAAGUAAUUUCUAAAUUUGAAGGUGUCAAAACAUGUGAUGUCGAUAUAGUAAACCAAAAAAUUGUAAUCACUGGCGACUUUGAUAAGGAGAAAUUAUUGAAGAAACUUAAGAAAAGGAUGCGUAAAAGGAUACAAAAAAUGGAGAAAAAGAAAAGGGACGAAGAACAUUUAAGAGGUGUUUAUAUAAACCCAAGUACUGCUGAUGAAAGAUAUAUGAUGUUUAGUGAUGAAAAUCCUAACGCAUGUUGUAUUUCGUGAUAGAACAUUAGUCAAAACUAGUAUCGACCAUGAGAAACUUGCAUUUUUUUUUUGGUGGGAACCAUGAGAAACUUGCAUGAUAAUGGACUAUAUCUACUUAGUGAUACUUUAUUAUUUUAUUAUAUA